UCAUCUGGACUAGUGUUUUUAGUGACGACUGGAACUUUUAUUUUUGGAUAAAUUUGCUAUAAAUUUGCGAAAGCAAUAACUUUCUUGUUUUUCGUUUACUAAUUCGAUAGUAAAAUAGGGGCGCAAUGUCGGUGAUGGAGUUCCUGAAGGACUUGCCGUCGUACGACGAACAUAAUUUCACCUUAUUUAACACGGAUUCUGGCAUAAGAAAUUGUUCUAAGAGACCCUCAAUAUAUCUACCUACAAAGGAUAUUCCUUCAGAUCAAAUUAUAGUAACAGAAAAAACAAAUAUCCUAUUAAGAUAUUUACAUCAACAGUGGGAGAAAAAGAACAAUAAUUCUCCAAAGAAGCGUGAUCAGGGCCAUAUAGAACAAAAUGGUGAUGAAAGCCGACCCCGCAAGAGGCCCUGCCUUAACUCCCCUCUAAACUGAAGCUUCUUUCAACUCUCUGUGCUACAGUUAUGGACAGUGUGAAGUGUACAAUUGUUUUGUAUUAACCUUAGUAUUUCACAUUUACAGAUCAAAUUAUAUAAUAAUAAUUGAGACUUAUUGGUUUUAUGUUUUUUGAUAACCAACUGCAGUAUAGUGUUAUGUGCCAUUCUCAAAUUUCAGUACAUUGUCCUAUUCUGAUGGAUAACUUCAAUAAGUGA